GACAGGACCUGCCCAGCGAGCGGAGAUCUUCUGGACCAAGGACCUACAGCGCAACGGACCAGACAGCACCAGAACCAGGAGAUCACCGCCUACAGCCAGUACAGUGUGUGAGGAGAGGAGAUACAGCCAGCCGCAGCCCGCCACCACCUCCACCACCUCCAUCCACGCCUCCACCCGUCAGCGGCCACCAUGUCUGGGGGCUACGAUGAGACGGCGAGCCAGGAGGAGGGCUCCAGCGACAGCUUCUGGGAGGUGGGAAACUACAAGCGCACGGUGAAGCGGACGGACGACGGCCACCGGCUCUGCAACGACCUGAUGAACUGCGUGCAGGAGCGGGCCAAGAUUGAGAAGGCCUACUCCACGCAGCUCACCGACUGGUCCAAGAGGUGGAGGCAGCUGGUGGACAAGGGACCACAGUAUGGCACGGUGGAGCGCGCCUGGACCGCCCUGAUGGUGGAGGCGGAGAAGGUGAGCGAACUGCACCAGGACAUCAGGAACCGGCUCAUGAGCGAGGACUUUGAGAAGGUGAAGACCUGGCAGAAGGACUCGUACCACAAGCAGAUGAUGGGCGGCUUCAAGGAGAGCAAGGAGACGGACGAGGGCUUCAAGAAGGCCCAGAAGCCCUGGGCCAAGAGGCUGAAGGAGCUCGAGGCCGCCAAGAAGAACUACCACGCCGCCUGCAAGGAGGAGAAGCUGGCGUCGAGCCGCGAGGCCAACGGGAAGGCAGACGCCGCCACCAACGCAGACCAGCUGAAGAAACUCACCGAGAAGAUGGAGAAGUGCAAACAGGACUCGCAGAAGGCCAGGGAGAAGUACGAGAAGAGCUUGGAGGAGCUGAACAGCGUCACCUCACAGUACAUGGAGAACAUGGAGCAGGUGUUUGAGCAGAGCCAGCAGUUUGAGGAGAAGAGGCUGAGCUUCAUCAGGGAGGUUCUGCUGGACGUCAAGAGGCACCUCAACCUCACCGAGAACCAAAGCUACGCCACGGUGUACCGAGACCUGGAGCAGGUGGUGACGUCCGCCAGCCCGCAGGAAGACCUGAAGUGGUUCAACGCCGCCCACGGGCCGGGCAUGGCCAUGAGCUGGCCGCAGUUUGAGGAGUACAACCAUGAGGCGACACACAACAUCAGCAGGAGGGAGAAGAGCAGGAAGAACCACGACGGAGUCACGCUGACCCACAUGACCCCAGCCACGGACUCACCCCAGGGGGGAGGAGACCAGGCCAGCCUGAGCAGCUCAGAUAAGACCCAGGCGCGGCCAAACUCCGAGGAGUGGUCCGACGAGGAGCAGGGGGACCCCGACUCGGGGGGCCAAUCCAACGGGGGCCCCAACCCCUUCGAGGAGGAGCCCGGGAAGGGGGUGCGGGUGAAGGCCCUGUACGACUACGACGGCCAGGAGCAGGACGAGCUGACCUUCAAAGCAGGUGACGAGCUGACCAAGCUGGAGGACGAGGACGAGCAGGGAUGGUGCCAGGGUCGCCUAGACGACGGCCAACUGGGCCUGUACCCAGCGAACUACGUGGAGCCCGUCUAAAGCUCCGCCCAGCCGCCGCACCCGGACUCUGUCCGUCGCCCAAUCGUAGUGGCGCUUCGCCAGAGUCCUCAGCGCUUUCCUCACUCCCUGUCCCGUUCCCACGGCAACAGGAGUCCCCUGGCCUCCGAAGGGUCAUCACUCCUCAGAACCCUACUGCUAAACCAU